CCUCUAUCUCACUGGCCGUCAUAACAAAAUACUAAAAAAAAACGUAGAAGAGAAUGUCAGAGGGAGAGGAUGAGAUCACGAGGGUCUUCAAGGUACGUCGCACGGUGUUGCAGAUGCUGAAGGACAGAGGCUACAACAUAGAAGAAUCUGACAUAGAGUUGAAAAGAGAAGACUUCGUUCAAAACUUUUGCAAAGCUAUGAACAAAGUCAACAAGGAAGCUCUCUUCGUGACAGCCGACAAGGGACCAAAUCCAGAAGACAAGAUUUACGUGUUCUACCCGGAAGGUCCUAAGGUGGGAGUCCCAAUCAUUAAAAAAGACGUGGUGAUGAAGAUGAGAGACGAUAAAGUCACUCGUGGGAUCAUAGUUGUUCCACAGCCCAUUACUGGUGCAGCCAAGAACGCUAUUAUAGAGCUGAACAAGAUUUUAACUAUUGAAGUCUUUGAGGAAGCUGAGUUGGUGACUAACAUCACCGAGCAUAAACUUAUUAACAAGUACUAUGUACUUGACAAUCAAGCUAAGAAGGAACUGCUUCAAAAGUACACGGUGCAAGACACGCAGCUGCCACGUAUCCUUGUCUCUGAUCCUGUUGCUAGAUACUAUGGACUCAAGAGAGGGCAAGUUGUUAAGAUUAGAAGAACUGAUGCUACUUCUUUGGACUAUUAUACCUAUCGAUAUGCAGUUUAGUUUGUAAUCUUGGAUUUGGAUUUUUACAAACCUUGCUUGUUCAAUGUUUUUUAUUUUAUUUGUUAUAAUAAGGGAUAAAAAAAGUCACUAUUUUCAUA